UAGCUUUGUUACUUGUGCACAAAAAAAGGAGAAAAUGAAUAAUAUUAUUUAACUGUAUGAUCCCCAGAAAACACUCAACAUGAACUUAGGACGUCAAGAAAGCCAGGAAAGGUCGUUAAAAAGUUUUGAACAACACAUGAAAAAUUGUCCGUGCUCUUUUAACUUGGGAACUGUUGAUAUCAGCGAUAUAGUUCAUACAUGUCAACAAUCUGGCAUACAUUUGCCUAUACUAAGAAAUAAUACGUAUGAAUUCUUGGCAGAUGAUCUGGAAGACAAAUACGAUUAUAAAGAGUUCGAAGAUCCAAUAUGGAAAAAAAACCUUCUAACCAAAGUAUAUUUUGAACUUGGUAAAAUUGGUAAAGCUAUUCGAAUCAAUAAAGAAAUUCUAGAAUUAGAAACUUACAACAUUACAGCUCUAGCCAAUUCCGCAUUUUUGUUUUUCUUAAAUGAACAAGUAGAUGAUUCUUUUCAUGUGAUUAAUCAACUGCAAACGUUCGAAAAUUUAGACAGAUACAAACGAAUGAAACUUGAUGGAAUAAUCGAGCAAGCGUAUGCGUACCAGAAGUUAGGAGGUGGAAAAAAUCUUCUUAGUUGUAUACAGCUAUUAACAGUUGUUUCCUCUCAGAUUCAUUUCGAUGAAAAACAUCAGUUUCUUGGCGCUGUUGUUUACAGAAGAAUAUGUAUGACAAAAGUAUCUUGGCAAUUUGAAGAAUACCCGCAAACUGAACAUUACGCAACAGAAGCGGCUAAACGUCUUCACUCUCUUGGAACAACCGCAUCAGAUCCUACCAUUAGAGCAGUUGCCAUAGUAGAGUUGGCGUACCUGAGAUAUCAAGACCGGUUCAAAGGCACAAGGCAAGUGAGCACACAAGUCUGGCGCGAUCUGCUGGGGGAUAUGUCAUGGAGACAGCUCUGCUUCAAAGCCCUUGAAAUAACAAGUUCAAGUGAUAUGGUUUUAAAAAUGAUUGGUUCAAUCUUAAAAUCUCAUCCAAAAUAUAGAGAAAAAGCAAUAGAGUGUUUAAAAGAAGCGAUCAAAAUACAUCCAUCAAGCCGGGCGUACCAUCAUUUAGGCAUUGCUUACAUACACAAAGCGAUACAAUACGAAUCAGAAAAUAAAACAACACGAUUCCAUCAUAAACAUUUUCCACCAGAAACACUUAAUCAUGCGGAAAAACGUUUAAGAAUGAUAUUAAAAUUAGCAAAAGAAAACAUAUUUCCACUGAGCUCCGAUAAUGAAUAUGCAAUUCUUGCCGAAGAGAAUUUACGGACAGCUGUUGAAGUGAGUCACAAGCUGAACACAAAGGCGCAGUAUGAUCUCGCAUUUCUGCUGGUAAAAAUACAAAAUUAUGCUAAAGCAAGACAAACUUGUAAAGAGCUGAUCACAUUUUUUGAUAAUGAUGACCCGGAGAUGGUACAGCAGUUUAGUCUUGUUACUGUGUACGAUCUGUAUGGAAAUAUUUGUGCUCUGGAUGCUGAAAGGGCAACAACCGAUUUAGCAAGAAAAAUGCUUUUAGACCAGAGCGAAGAGCUUUUAAUGGACGCAGUGCGUAUGGCUACACGCAUUGCAGUAACUCUUCCAGAAUUCAAAAAUUGUGCAACUAACUUGUGGAAAUCAUUUAAUAGGCUGACUGACAGGUAUACAUGCAGUUUUGAAGCCAGUAAUGAAAGCAAAAAUAAACUUAUACAAUUAUGUGAUAUGGUUAAAGAUUAUCGCUACUUGCCGAAAUUAGACGAAAUGAUGACUUUCCUGGAAACGAAUGAUUGUCAUAAAGAAUCCAUUGAGAUUUAUGUAAAAAAUAUGCUGGAAAAUAAUAAAUAUGACGAUGCAACUCUCUUAUUAGAUUUUGCGAAAAUUCCCCCUAGUGUAAAAUGUGAGUUAACAUGGCAAUCAAGUGAGGUGAUAAAAAGUGUUAUGAUCCAUCAAGCUAAAAGGAGCCUCAAGAUAUCUCCAAACAUUGUGGACCCCAUUUGGCUCAACAUAAUGAAAGAAGAGUUUGCUUCUACUUCCUUAAAUGUUGAAAAUCUAAAGGAUUCAAACAGUUUGAAUAUUAUAAUUAUAGAAGACAUCGGAGAUGAUUAUGUGCCUGUUCGAGGUAGUUGGUCUGACAAAGUUUCUCGUGUCUUAAAGGAGAUAAUUCAAUUUAAUUUUGGCAUUUCAGUUCUUCGUUGCCACGAAAUAGGUCAGCCUGGUCAGCAAGUCUUGGAAGUGUUGCAAAAAGCAAUGUCUACAUCCACAGUUGUGAUGUUUGUUAUUGACAAUGAACUAAAUCUUUCAUCGACCAGUAGAGACAGUCAAAUACAGGAUGACGCGCCCAGCGUGUCUCCUUGUUGCACAACUUCAACACAAGAUGUGUACUCAGAGUGGUUUAAAUUUGUAAUUGAGGCCGCUGUUAACUCAAACACACGCGACAGUAAACCUGCUUACAUUCUUACAGUAACAAACACAAACCAAACACCAGAGCUACCAUCUUUGCUGGUAGAUAAACCUAAACUUGCUGUAUCAAAAUUAGAGGUGGAUUGUUUGUCUCGAGCUUCGAAUAUUAAAAUGGACGAGAAAAUAGAAAUCAUCAUGAGAAUUUUUUGCAAGAUUGUUAGAACAAACUAUGUUUCGCCCAAGGUUUCAGUUCCAUCCGGGGCUGUUAGUAUUGAGGCAGCUAGUGUUUCCCAUAGGCUUUUGCAUGGGGCUGAGGCUUAAUGACACUGAUGUGGUAAUCACCCAUUACACGGGUUUUAGGCUUAAUUACAAGUAUGUGCGAGCCGAGAUUAGUAGGGGGAUUAACCGAGGAGGCUGAUGUUUAUAUCUAGUCACAGGCUAGGCUCAACGUGUGAGAGUUCUUUACUAAUUGGAACUUGACAGAUCUAGCACAGCCAUACAUAAAUAUGUUUGUAUUUCGGCCGCACUUCUAGCCUUACAGAUGUUCGAGUCUAUAGUAAAUUCUUCUCUUUGUGACAUAGCAAUAAUUUAAUGUCAUUAGAAAUUUUAUCGUUAGCUUACACUUAAGACGAUUGACAUCUACUUUUUGAAAAAAAGAUUUUUCAGUGUUCUUAAAAUAUAGGUUAAGCAUAUUUGUAUAUGACGCCUUGAAAUGUGGGUUAUUAUAAAAUAUUAUAAUAUAGGCCAUAUUCAUAUAAUAUGCUAUAUGAUCUACAUCUAAUAUAUAGGUCUAGGCUAUCUUCCAAAUUGACUGUGAAGCUUUAGAAUCAUGACAUUGAUUUAAAACUAACUACCUUUUGUUAUUUUGUAUGUACAAAUAUUUGCCUUAAAUUACGUAGGCACUAUUGUGUAAUUUAUAAAAUUCUAUUUAUAAAAAAGUAAGUUUCAUUAAAUCAAAUAGCACCUAGCCUAUAUACAUAAACAUUUGUCUACAUCUGCACAAUUUUGAAUCUUGAAAUAAAAAGAAAAUAUGAGGAAAUAGAAAUGUAAAACAAAUUUUAUUUAAUCUAGAGUAAAAUGUACCAGAGUUAGCAGAUUUUGAUGUUGCUCUUCCUUAAAAAAAUAAUUAAUUGUCUUACUCAUCACAAAUCAAUAUAAGCAACAGUUAUAGAUAUCAUUUAAAAAUUUGCAUUAGUAGCUAUCUUUAAUACAUGCUGGCAUUUAAAUAAAAAAAAUAAAAAAUUUGUUUUAAAAACUUUUUUGUAAGUAAGUAGAGUGCAAGUGAAUAUUUAAAUACCAUGUUUGUGGAGCAGACACAGCUAAACGGAAACAAGCUAACGAUGCUUGUUUAAAUUUUGACAAAAUUUUAAAUAAUUGCUCCAAACUUUAUUAAUUCAAUUGUGUAGUUUGUUUUAUUUGUUUUGGAAAAUGUCCAUUAAACUUUGGCC